CGGCAAGAUGACUUUCGGCGUAAAAGGUGGGAUUUCUUGGCGUACAAAAUUGGGCAAUAAUAAGGCUGCACCAACAUCCAUGGCUUGGAAGCCGUGACAAACGCCACACCCGUCUGUUCCGUGCGAAACCGACCCCGCCUUACAGUCUCCCCAAGGUUCUAUGUCAACCCCGCAACCGGAUGUCCCGUAUUCUUGCUGUUUCCAACCUUAAACCCUAAACCAACCAAGAAGUAAGUAAGGCAAGGAGGUCGUCGGGCUCGAUCGUCUUCUCCCGAACGCCAAUCCUCCUCGCUGCCGCCUCACUUCUUGGGUUUUGCUCUAUUCCCUUUCCAUCGAUCUCUCCCCGAUUAUCCCCGCUGCACACUUGCAAUGGCUACCGUUGAGCAUUGUCUCUACUGCUUCGAGGCUCUAGCCUCGCACCUUGAGGACCGCAAAUCCAUGACCCUAACCGAAGUCCAAGAGUCUUGGGCGGAGUACCUCAAGGACACGGGUGACAAAGCCAAGAAGCUCGCCAAGCGCCUACCCGCCCUCCAACGCCUCGCUACCGAUGACUCCUCUUCUUCCUCCUCCUCCUCCUCCGCCGCCUCGAGCGGUACCUGCUCGCCCUCCACCUCCAGCACUCUUUCGCUCGCACAGUCCGGCUCUGGCGCCGACACCCCGGCAACCUCGAUCUCGUCGCUGUCGGUGUCGCCGGCGGCCCUCUCGGAGCACCCGCUCUUCGUCACCUGGAACACGGUCUCCUCGCGGCACGGGAACUCGCUCCGGGGCUGUAUCGGCACCUUUGAGCCGCAGGAGCUGGAGGAGGGCCUGUCGUCGUACGCGCUGACGUCGGCGCUGCACGACAUGCGCUUCAACCCCGUGUCGGCGCGCGAGCUGCCCUCGCUCGAGGUCGCCGUCACGCUCCUGACCGACUUUGAGGACGCGGCCGACGCCAUGGACUGGGAGCUCGGCACGCACGGCCUGCGGCUGAGCUUCCACUACCACGGCAAGAGGUACGGGUCGACAUACCUGCCGGACGUGGCGAGCGAGCAGGGCUGGACCAAGGAGGAGACACUGGUGAGCCUGAUGAGGAAGGCUGGGUGGAUGGGGAAGCGGGACAGCUGGAAAGACGUUGACCUGAAGGUGGUCAGGUAUCAGGGGAAGAAGGAGAAUGUCGAGUACGCCGAGUACAAGGCGUGGAGGGACUGGGUGAAGAAGCAAGGGGUGGAAUAAUAGAGACGGGGAAGUGGGAAUCGAAUAGACGGAUGGGAACCCGGCGUAUCGAGUAGCAGGGAGGGCAGGAAUCCUUUUGGCGGCGUCCAUGGUUGGGGAACCUCGUCUGACAGCGACAACCUGCUGUGCUAGGUCUUGAUUUUAGGCCAGGGAAUCAUUU